UUCGCCAUCAGCUUUCCUACUAACAGACACUCCAAUGAACGGAAAAGAUGCAUCGUAACUAAAUCACUAAAACCCUCUCUCUCUCUCUCUCCCUCUCUCUCUCUCUGGCCAUGGCUUCCUGCACCAGGGUUCUGUCUGCUUCAUUUCUCGAAUGCCAUGGCUCCCCCUCUCUGCAUGCCCAUCAAACUUAUCGUUCUCACUCGACCAGCCUUCCUCAAUUUUCUUCUACUGCUUCAUUGCCGUCUCCGUCAUAUGCCAUUCACAGAACGUCAAGGAGGAGGAAGGCUCAGGGAAGGAGGCUGUUGAGGUGCCGGGCUCUUCAGGAUACCAAAGAGACGGAUAGCACCGCAGAGGAGGUCACCCAAAAGUACGGCCUCGAAGCUGGCCUCUGGAAGAUAUUUAGCUCUAAAGACAAGAAUGAAGAAGGAAAUAGCAAGAAAUCUAAGACAGAUGAGGCUAAAGAGCUGUUAGCAAAAUAUGGAGGAGCAUACUUAGCAACAUCAAUCUCUCUCUCCUUAGUGUCUUUCGGACUCUGUUACGUGCUUGUGAGUGCCGGUAUUGAUGUACAAGCAUUGCUGCAGAAGGUUGGAAUAUCAGCGGGCGAGACUGGAGAAAAAGUUGGUACUUUUGCACUUGCAUAUGCUGCACACAAGGCUGCAUCUCCUAUCAGGUUUCCGCCAACAGUAGCCCUUACUCCCAUUGUUGCGGGUUGGAUAGGAAAGAACGCAAAGGGAGAAGAGAAGCAAUAAGUACUUGUAUGCAACUCCUCUGCACUUCAUCUUGUUUUGUACACCUUGAUAUCUUUUCCCAUAAGCAUCUCAGCUUCGCAUAUUCGUGUUCAUUCUAUCUAAUUCAUGCUUCUUGUUAUCAAGAAGCCCAACUGGAAAUCAGUCUAAGCAAGUGAAUGAACCAAGGACUUUAAACU